GAAAGGUUGACGAAAUAAAUACAAAUAAUAAUAAAAACUAUUUACAAAAUAGGCUUGUCAGGUCUAUCAUCACAAUACUUAUUAUACAAUCUACUGACUAUAAAUGUAAGAACACACUUAAAAAACAUGCAAAAAGCUCUGACAAUCCACAAUGUUACAUGUAAAUUCAGUAUUAGCAAAUAUUAGAUUUACGGACGUUUUAAUUAAGCAAACAGAAUAGGUGGAUAUUUUGUUGUUGGGAGCAAUUACGAAGUUUUUCGGUACUUCUGCGCAUGUUGUGGCAUUGCUAUUGCCGUAAGAUCGGUGAGCUUGUAGGUACCGUCAUUAGGACGAAGGUGGGAAGUGUAAUAAUAGCGACAGCAUGUGGGUCUGUUUUGUCUGGGGUAUUUUACUUUACUGUCAAUGGUUAUGAACAUGUAAAAAUGAAGACUCAAAAGGCUGAUAUUAGACAUCUAUCGCUUGAAGAAAAGUUCCGCACCUUCGCCUCUUUGCGAUUUAACGGCGUUUUGUUGAUGACCCCUUCAGAUUUUUUACGUUCUUUGGUUGAUGAUCAAAAGCAGGUCAAAAUGAUGAUAAAAAAUGAACCGCAAUUCAUCGAGAAAAUAAUGACUAGAGCAUCUAAGAAGAAACAUGGAUCUCGUUUUUUUCGAAACCUCCAAAACGAUGGGAUAAUAACGUUUUCGGAAUAUUUGUUCCUGCUGCAUAUACUAACAAAAUCUUCGUCGGGUUUUGAAAUAGCAUUCAAAAUGCUUGAUAGGGAUCUAAGUGGAUCUGUUGAUGCUAGAGAAUUCAUGAUCUUGAACCAUAUAAUCGCAGAAAGUACCGAUGAUAUACUUGAUACCGAUAGAGGGGCAUGUGAUCUCUUGCUUCCGGCAGACCAAGCAUAUAAUACAACUCUUAUGACUCACCUAUUUGGUUAUAAUAAGAAUCAUAACCUGAGCUUUGAGGAAUUUAAAAGAUUCAUGCGUAAUGUUCAAACAGAAGCACUAGAGGUUGAAUUCCAGGAGUUUUCUUCAGGCUCAUCUGCAAUUACACCAGUCGAUUUCGCUCGUAUUAUUCUUCGUUAUACCACAGUGUCUACUUCUGAGUAUGAUGCAUUCAUAAAUCGACUUGAAAAGGCUGUUCCCUCUAACAUAGCAAUCUCCUUCAACGAAUUCCAGAAAUUCUUCAUGUUUCUAAACUGUUUGGAUGAUUUUGCACUGGCAGUAAAAAUGUACACUAUUGCAGGCCAGCCUAUAUCACUACCUGAAUUUAAGCGAGCUGUUAAAGCAUGCAUUGGUAAUGAAUUAAGCUCUGAUGUUUUAACAGUCCUGUUUGCCCUAUUUGAUCGUGAUGAAGACAAUUGUCUUAGUUAUAAUGAAUUCAUUCACAUCAUGCGGGAGAGACAUUCUGGAGGACUGUCGCGUACUUCUAAACAUAAUCAGUACACAAGGAUGUUUCGAAAGUGUCUAAAACGUGAACUCCAAAGUUCAGUGAAUUGAGGACAAGAAUAACAGUGUCAUAAUUCAAACUUUAAAAUCAACUCUUACGCUUAUAUGAAUUCAAUAUCAUAACUCAUUAUUCCUCUCUUCGAUAUUGAAAUAACAACAAUGAUCCAAAGGAUCAGCUUUAUUUUGUUCAACUGAAUUAUAAGCAUAUUUAUUUUUGAAUGAAUGUAAUGGGUAAAUGAUCAAGUCUUUGAAUAAUGCAUAGAAUACGAAAGUCUUUCAUGUGGAUGUCUUGAAUUGAACGUAUAAACAAGUCAACAGACUGAACCAGUUUCAUGCUAACAUUUUACUCCUUGCUUACGCUUGUUUACAUAAUUUUUCGAUGAAAAAAUGUAUUUUCUCAUGAAAAUAACUACUUAGGAUGUCUGGAACCGGGACUCAAUUAGGCUAUUUUAUUCAAUGUUAAACAAUCUGGAACAAACGAUCAAGGUAUGGUAUUUGAUGACUCUCUCUGGCUGAUCUAUUUAGUUUCCUCAGAAAAUGAAAUAGAUAGUUACUAACCAUUUCUGUUUUUGUUGUCUAAGUUUAUUAGCCAUAAUUAGAUAAAUAUUUUUUAGUUAAAAAUCAUUUUCAUUGUGCAUAAAAUUUCUAAAUCAUACACUUGUCAUGAUGUAAUUCAAUAGAGUUUUGUUCGAUUUGUUUUUUCCCAACAACUCAUGUGACAGACUUUAUGAACUAGUUUUUUUCUCAUUAUUUGCACUAAACCAUAUGAAAUUUUUUUAGUUUAUUCCGGUCAUUUAUUUACUCUGAAGAAUUGGCUUACAUUAAGUCACGAAAUGUCAGAAAUACAAUCCUUUUAUUCAUUGGAAUGCAAGAGAAAAUAUAUAAUUAUUAUUAAAAUAUAAAUGAACAACAGUGUAUAUAGAUCCAAAACCGUUAUGUAAAUCCUCUUGCUCAAAUUAUGACGAAAGAAAUUUUAUUUACUUUGUUUCAUUUCUUGAUACGAUAUAUUUUUAUUACACAAAAAUAUUCUCACUCCCUUUUUUAUGUAAUGAAAAUAUUUCAUUUUGACGAAUUUUAUUAAUUUAUUUUGAAGCAGUAACAUUCCCUUUUGUCCUUAUACUUAAAAUAUAACAUCAAAUAAAACUUUUAAUCCAUUAAGACAAUGAAAGUUUCUAGUUGCCAUCUAUUUUUUAAACUAGUCUGUUAAUAUGAUUUACAACACUAUUUGAGAAUAAUCUCUAAUGUACAUAGCUGCACUUUUGUGUUCUUUUUGAAGAAGCAAUUUUUAAAACGAUUUUCAAAGUAACUUGUAAUAUUUCCCUCUCUCAAGCUUAGUCGUAAUAUCAGUUGAUAUAAACUACUAAAACAUAGAAAUAAGAACAUAAUAAAGGUAAAAUGAUAUUUUAUUUUGUUUCACUAGAUAAUUUGAUGCAUAUAUAUAUAUAUAUAUAUAUAUAUAUA